AUGUUAUUCUUGAUAGACACAAGAAACUACUGGUUAGAUAAAAUGGCUCGUCAGUCGCGUGGAUCGGAAUCUAAAAGAGUGACAGCUGAAUUGUUCACUUUGACAUAUGGUGCUCUUGUUGCUAAUAUUGUUAGAGAUUUCGAUACAGAUGCAGAAAUUAAUGAGCAGUUGGACAAAAUCGGAUUUAACAUUGGUCUAAAGUUGGUUGAAGACUACUUAGCGCGUGGGAAUCCUGGUCGUUGUAACGAUUUCAAAGAAACCGCUGAAGCAAUCGUAAAAGGCUUCAAAAUCUUUUUAGGCAUAACUCCAACUAUUUGCAAAUUCAAUUCAGCUGGCGAUGAAUUCAGUCUUGUUUUGGAGAAUAAUCCAUUAACAGAAUUUGUUGAUCUUCCUGCUGAACAUCAAAACCUGCUUUAUUCCAACGUAUUGGCUGGUGCGAUACGUGGUGCUUUGCAUAAUGUACAACUUGAAGUUGAGGCUCGAUUUGUUCAAGAUCAAUUACGUGGUGAUCAAAUCAAUGAGAUACGCGUAAAAUUUAUUCGUCGUAUAGAAGAAAUUAUUCAAGGAGAUGAUUAA